AUGACAAAAUUAAAGCAUUUUUGUUUUGUGAAAAAAUAUCCAAUUUACUUGGCAGAUGUCUUGGCUAUAUGGAGAAUCACUAGUGACACUAGAAGAUUAUGUGUCCGUUAUAAAGAACGAAGUUGGGCUUGAUAAUCUUGUUGAAGCACUUGGAAUUGGUAAUAAAGAAGAAGAAAUCAUCAAUACAAAGAAAUCCAAGAAGAAUAAGGCUCCUAUUGGGAACGAUUGGGCAAGCCUUACACAAAGACAGAUUCUAUACUUUGCCGAAAAACACUCCUCUUUGAGCAAACAUCAAUCCAAUGAUCUCUUUUGGGAAGCUGUUUGGCCUCGCUUACUCGCCAAGGGUUGGCACUUUCAGGAGGAUCUAGCUUCUUCUUCUCUGUCGCUGUCACCAUCGUCACCGCCUAAAUUGUUGUUCUUAGUCCCCGGAAUCGAAAAGUUUUCUAUGAAGCUAGAAAGAGGGAAGGACUAUUUUGAUUCCGUUAGUGAGGUGUUGAGAAAUGUUGUGUCUCAUCCUGAGUUGCUUGAGCUCGUGAAUUUGAAUACAAUGGGACAUGAUAUUGCAGAUGGAGCAACAAAUUUGAGUUAAAGAUCGAGUAAUUCUAUUUUGAAUAAGGAUAGCAAGAAGUUGUGACAUUUUGUUUGUGGUAAUAAAGUUUAGGGUUUGGUAAAGUUUAUUGCGAUAUUUUUAAAUUCUUGUCGUUUGGACUCAACAUGCAGUAUAGUCCUUAUUAUGUUUAAAACUUAAUUAUUUCUUGUUUUUCCUUUUUUUUUUUUGAAAGUUGAUUUGGAAUCAAUCAAGUUGUUAUCUAAGACAGUAAUGAAGAAAUGUUGC